GAUGACCUUACUGACUCUAUGUUCUAGCACAUCAAGCAGGCAUGAUGUGCUAGGCCUCUUUUUGAUAUUAGAAUCAUUAUGAAAACAAGAAUAAAGUUGCUUUCAGUUUUCCUCUGUCCACAACUUCAACUUAGCAAAUUUGUCAUGUUCCCCUUUCUCUUCCACUUCUAAGUGCCAUGAUUCUUUGAAUAGACCCAAAGACCACUUUCUGUUUUACUUCUGGCUGCCCAGCCAAGAGAUCUUGUGUAGCUGGUAUUUAGACCUCUGGUUAGCUAGACCACAUCCUUUGUUCAUCACAGAAAGCAUUUCAACUGACCACAUCUCAAGAACCACCUACAUUUCACAUUAGUAAAGGAAACCUUUAACUGGCUCUACAAAAGGAAAAUGGAAACAUGAAAACAUUUAAUUGUAUCAAGGAAACAACUUACUUUUUUCAUUGAGGAAGAGAAAAAGAUUUUAGUUCAAAGAGAUCCUGGUAUUGGAAUUGUUGUGAUACACAAUUGUACAUCUUUGCAGAAUCAUGAUUGGAAAGAUGCUUUUUUGGGCCCUCAUAGGUACGUCAACAGCAAAGGACAUUUCCACAGAAGACAGUUGGGUCACUGCCGCUGUUCACCAGACAGCUCUGCUCCCCUUCUCCUUUCAUCCUUCAAACGCCUUCUGGAGAUUCAUUAACAUCAAGUGGGAUUUUCUAACCAUCAACAAAAGCACAACUAUCCUUGUGUACAUGGUAGAAGAUUGUAGCCAGGAGAGCAUGUCCCGCCCUUGGUGGGAAAGGGAAUGUACCAUUAUCAAAGAAGUGAAUGAUGCAUAUCAGCAGUGGGCUGAUAUCCUCAGGAAUGGUACUCUGAAAAUUCACCCUGUGCAGAUAAGGGAUGCUGGGAUAUAUCAAGCUACGAUACUAAGCUCAGGUGCAAGAAAACACACAGCAACUGUAAAUCUUACAGUAACUCAAGGUUCAGGAGCCUUGAGAAAAUUUGACACUGAGAAUAUGGUUCGAAUGGUCUUGGCCUGCCUUAUCUUCUGCUUUCUUGGACUAGUGGUGGUGGAGGUGGACAUGAGUCAAAUGGGGCUGACAAUUACUUCCUUUUGCAUCCUAGUAUAUUUGCAAUUUGGGAUGUUAACAGCCGCAUCCAAGGAAGAAAGGCUAUUGUUUCUCCUGGUAGAUUCACUCUUGAUUCACGCAGACAUGUCAACCAUUGUCCACCAUCAACUCCUUUCAUAGAAGGAGAAGUACGGUGGUAUAGCAACUGGAAGUGAAGAAAUUUCCACGAUGCAUCUAGCUGUCUUCUCAUCAUCAAAUCACUUUGUGUAACUGACUGAAGCUACACCAACGUGGGACUUGAUAUGAGAUUUCUCUGAAAUCCAAGUUUUAUGAAUAUGGAUAUAAUGUGAGCUUACUGGUACUGGGUAUUAAUCCAUUAAGUUUUUAUGAUUUUUUCAAACUUAUGACAUGUUUUCAUUGAAUUAUGGUAGUUUGUCUAUAUUCUGGCACUGUUGUUUUUUCUUAAGUGUGAUGUAUUCAUGGGAAAUGAAAUUACUCUGUAAAUUUCUGUUACUAGAUAGGCAAGUAGGCAGGUGUUUAUAUUGCAUUGUUUAUGGUUGUUUGCUAUAGUUAACUGCCAUCAAGUUGACUUAGAUGGCAGUUAAUAUCCCUAUGAAUGAGAAACCACAAAAGUCAUUCGGUCCUCAAUGGCCCUACUCAAGUCUGGAGACUCAUGGCCAUGGCUGUCUUGCUGGACUCUAUUUAUCUAUAAUGUGGUCUUCCUCCUUUCCUACUACCUUUUACAUUGCCAAGCAUUAUUGCCCUUUUUAAAGAAUCCAAUAUUUUCAGAAUAUGGCCAAAGUACAACAGUGUUGGUUUAGUCAUUUUGGCAUUUAGGGAGAGUUCAAGCUUGAUUGUUUUAGGUCCCUUUAUUUUAGGGUAUUUUCAGCAGUCUGUUGUAGCUAUAGCAUUCUACUCCAGGACCACAUUUUAAAUAAGCAGAUUUCUUCUGAUCAGUUUUCUUCACUGCCCAGAUUUCACAACCAGACAUGUGUAUGGUUCUUUGUUUAUGUUCUAUAACAUCAUAAGAAGAAGAGGAAGAGGAGGAAGAAGACUUUAUUCGUAUUCUGCCCUAUCUCCCCUAGGGGACCUUUUGUGUCUAGAUCACCUGAAAGACCAUAUUUUCCUAUAUGAACUUGUCCAUGUUUUAAUAUCCUCCAAGGAAAGCUUUAAGUUGAUCUCACCGCCAUCACAAAUACCCAUGAGAGAGAUCAGUCCCAGGGCCCUUCGAAACAAGGUCAAAACACCUGAAUGAUGCCUUAGGUAACAUCAAAUUAAUCUGGAAAAAAUUGAAUUUCCCAUUUUGCUCUGAAUUAAUAAAACACCUGGAAAGAUCAGGAUCUUAAGUGGAGCUUACUCUGAAUUAAUCUGAGUUAACCUGAGCCAUCAUUUGGAUACCUUGAGCUAACCUGUGAUGGAUCAUGGGUUAUGGCCCUGUGUAGAAGUGGAGAACUUUCCAAAAUGUGUGUCACAAUGUAUUUGUGUGUCCCCUGAGGUGUUUUGAUGUGGUACCUUAAUGUAACAAGAAAUGACAAAAAUCUCAAAUUUAUUUAAAUCAAUAUAUAUGAAGGGUUUUCAUUUGUUAUGACCUCAUAGAUUUCAUUAUUACAAUUUAUGUAAUAUGUAUGUGUGCAUAUCUCUAAUAAGGGGUUGGUUUGAUCUCCAGUUUGCUAAUAAAAUUGAAUUACUGUGUUGCAAAAUGAUACAUGUCUAAAAUGUGUGUCAUCAACAUGAAAUGUUUGGAAAACUCUGGUCUAAAUGACAAAAUGGCAGCACACUGAAAGUCUGGAAUUCAAACAGUAUCUAGUCCUGAGUGCAAUUUGCAUGUUCCCUUUAUAUGCAUUUGCGGUCUCUAUCCUCCCAUUGUCCAUGUUUAUGGGGAGUUCAUGUGUAGAGAGAGCUCGCAUCUGUAACAGGAAAAAUUCCCUAUGCAUGCUCUGCUAAAUGCAUUGAUUGAAGGUAAGAAUGAAGAAAAUAUUAAGUGCACAAAAGGGAAAGUCUUGAAUUGGGUUCCAUGCUCCUAGAAAUGCAGAAGCAUAUCCCAAGACCAAGGUCUCCUGAAAACUUCCCUUCAUUAAGCAUCUGUACCCAGUGACUUCAUAGCAAAACAUGGCAUGGACUUCUGUAAUAUUUUUCCAGCUGUGCAGCUGACAUACACACAGGUGCAAAAGGAAUAUACAACUUUGGGUCGAUUAUUGUGUUUCCCCUGUAAUUAUUAUAAUUGUGACUAAUCUGUAUUCCUCGUCCUGACUCCCCACAGUAUUAUUUACUCCAGAGGCCACACUUGAGAUCAACAAUAUGUAUCCGUUAUUUCUACCUUCUCUAUUCUUUUUUGAAGUAAAAGAUUUAAAAUGUUAGUGUAGUUUUAAACAUUAUUUUUAUUACUACUUAAACCUAGAGUUGUUUUACCCCCACUCCCCCAGUUUAUCCUCAUAUAAUCCAUAACUGAACUCUGUUAUUCCCUGAAUUAUGGUAAUCUACCAUUUUAUUAAAGUCAUUAACUUUUCAGCAUAGUCCUGUAAUUUCAUGAGCCAGUUCAUGCACAUAGGUAUCUCCAUAUAUUUCUGUCUUGACACAAAUAGCACUCUGGCUGCAGCUAUAUAAUGCAAAAUCUUUUCAUAUUUGUUUUCAUUUUGGUAAUCAUAAAGCCCAAGAAGAAAGAUUUCAGGUUCCAUGAAGCAACGGAUUGCAGGAAAGUAGAUUCCACUUGAACAUUAGGAAGAACUUUCUUACGGUAAGAGCAGGGCCGUUCAUCAUUGAAGCCGUUGAAGCCGCGGCUUGGGGUGCAGCCCUUGGGGGCCGCUCUCUAGGCAGCGGCGGCAACCAUCGGGCAGCUACUUACUAAUAUGUAUUACAGAAUCAUAAAGUUGGAAGACACCCUAAUGGCAAUCCAAUUCAGCCCACUGUUGUGUGCGAUCAAACAAUGAAAACACACAAGACAGAUGGACAUUCAUCUCCCCCCAUUUCAAAGACUCCAGCAGACUCUAAGACGGAUGUUCCAUUGCAAAUACUUCUUACCAAGGAGUGGCCCUAGGUUUUUUCACUAUGUAAGCAAACCUAGGGCCGUGCACCCCCCCCCCCCCCCGAAAUUACGUCCCCCCCAACUUACUGCUGGUGGCGCGCUCUCCAGCCGUGGAACUACAAAGGCUUCCAGGAAGGCCUUGCUUUCUCGUGAGAUUUCGUGAGAUCUCGCAGAAAUCUUGCAAUAUUUCGUGAGAUCUCGCAGAACUCUUGUGAGAAGAGCGAGGACUUCCUCGUUCCACGGCGAGCUGCAGUUAAUGGUAUGUUCCGCUGUCAAUGGAGAAGUGGCUUCAUGACCAUCUCACUCCUUUCCAUGAGUGAUCUCUGACAUGACAGGCAGAAAAAGACUCCCUCUUUUGCUAGGGAUUACUCAUGCAAGGAAGGAAGGGAAUAUCAGUGAACCAUUUUUCAAGUUAGAGGGGAAGAGAUCUCUGCGGAUCUUAGCAACUGCUUAACGGUAGUGAAUCAUAGAAUAGUAGAGUUGGAAGAGACCUCAUGGGCCAUCCAGUGGAGUUCGGAUAACUUUUACUGUCUCUACGAAGACCCCCAAAUAGGAAAAGACAAGCAAGAAAGAAGGGGGGAGGGAGAAAAAAUUCUAAGGACCUCAUCACAUUGAUGUCAAGAUAGUGGGCGAUGGGGGGGGGGGGGAUUUGCAUCAUUGUGAACCCAGAGAGCAGUGUGGGGAACCCAUAUCACCCCUUAUCUAUCCUAUGGUGGGAAGUGUUGCUCAGCUUCCCCCCAUUCUUCUCAAUGAGAACACGGGAAGCCUCCCAUGUUCUACUUGCUCUCUCUUACAACUUUCACCUCAGUUCAGGGACGGAGUCCUGCUGGAAGUAUAUCUAUAUUGUCUAAUGCAGUGGUUUUCACCCUGUGGGUCCACUCAACUCCCAGAAAUCCUAACAGCAUGUAAACUGGCUGGGUUUUCUGGGAGUUGUAGGCCAAAACACCUGGUGACCCACAGGUUGAGAACCACUGGUCUAAUUGUAUCCAGCAGGUUCCGUCACUGAACUGAUGUGAAAGUGUCAUAGGACAGGCAAAUUGCCUGUGUGAUGAGGUCGCAAGUGAGGGGUCAAAUGGAUUUCGAAGUGCAUCAACAUAUGGAGGGUUACAUUAUUCCCACCACAACUUUUUACAGAGUUCUAGUAUGUGUGUUUUCACAAAAAUAAACAAUGUCAUAUUUGUCUAGAAAUUGUGCCUUUUUGUUUGUCCAGAGCUGUCUGUCUCUCAAAACAAUUGAAUGAUGCCACUCCACAUAUUUUCUCCACCUCUUAUGGAAGACCCACCUCUUCUUUUAAAUGGUCAGCAUUGUACCUGCAACUAGCAGUACUGUCAGUUUGAUACCACAUUAACAGAUGUUAUGUUUAAUUGUGUGUUUGUGUUUUAAAAGGGUAAGUAUUACAGUUAUUGCAUCUCAGCACUCAAGAGGCUGGUUGCCAUGGAGAAGUAGGCGGAGCCAACUGCCAUUUUGUUGAAGUGCAGAAUUUAAAAAGGAUUCAGUCUGUGCUCUGAUGAGGCACAGGGAAGAUUGAUCCUAGGUUGAGGGGAUCAAGGAGGCUCAAUUGUUCAUUUUGAGUCGGUUUAAAAUAAGUUUGGUGACUUAUUUAAUGUAGUCUGUGUCCUGGUAAGGAACAGAGAAUCGGUGAUCGUAUAUCACAAGGUUGACUGCGGUUUAAAAGUAGCAGAGGAAGAAAUUCUAACUACUUUAAGUAAAAUAAGUGACACUUUAGGGAGUUUGAUUCACCUCAUUCUAGUAUUGUAACUGUUAAUAAAAGUGCCUCUAAGUGAGAAACAAAAUUGUAACCACUAAGCUCUGUGCCUGAAUAAACUUGUUAAUGUUCCUCCAA